GUAGCUUUCUCGCUCUCUGCAUUUAUCACAUCACAUCACACCCAGCAAGACAGGCCCCCUCCUCCUGGCUCAUUAGGAGAUUUGAUUCGGCUUGGCUCCUGCUGUCAGCAGCUGUCUGGGGCAAGAUCUUUAUGCUCCCUGUGCCCCAGAGCAGCCACCAGCCUCCAGCCUCCAGCCUCCCAGCCAGCAGCAGAGCUCAUUAAGAAAAGCACCCUUCCCUGGAUUUCCAGCUACUUGGUGGCCUGAAAAGAGUUAAUACCUACUCUUGGCUGGGGGGCAGAGCAGCUGCUGUGGGCUGGGGAGAGACUUCUCCCUGAGCUGCAGCCAAAGGAGCUGCAGAGCUCCUUAGCCCUCAGCCUCUCUGACCAUCCACUUGGCAAAGACCCGCAGGCCAUGAGGACCGGUCAACGACAGUGAGAGGACGUGAGAGGGUAAAUCCUUGAACCCCGCACUCUUAUUUCCUGCCCUGACGUCCCUGCAAGCCAGCCCAAGGGGGUAACCAUAAGCGGAUGCCUGUAUGGCUGCCUUACUGAUGCCACGCAGGAACAAAGGCAUGAGGACUCGACUGGGCUGCCUGUCGCACAAAUCGGACUCCUGUAGUGACUUCACAGCCAUUCUUCCCGACAAACCCAACCGUGCUCUCAAGAGACUCUCCACAGAAGAAGCGACGAGGUGGGCAGAUUCCUUUGACGUGCUCCUGUCUCAUAAGUAUGGGGUGGCGGCCUUCCGUGCCUUCCUGAAGACGGAGUUCAGCGAGGAGAACCUGGAGUUCUGGCUGGCCUGCGAGGAGUUCAAGAAGACCAGGUCGACGGCAAAGCUGGUCUCCAAGGCCCACAGGAUCUUCGAGGAGUUUGUGGAUGUGCAGGCUCCGCGGGAGGUGAAUAUCGAUUUCCAGACCCGAGAAGCUACGAGGAAGAAUGUGCAGGAGCCGUCCCUGACUUGUUUUGACCAAGCUCAGGGGAAGGUGCACAGCCUCAUGGAGAAAGACUCUUACCCCAGGUUCCUGAGGUCCAAAAUGUACUUAGAUCUGCUGUCCCAAAGCCAGAGGAGGCUCAGUUAGACCUUGGAUGGAGACUCUCGGAAGUCACCGGCUUUCCCUGCUCCUUGCUGCCAAGACCAUAUUCUAACGUGAAAUGCCAUAGGUGUUGAAAGGCGCUGGGGUUUGGGGUGGGAGAGCGGGGGUGACGAAGGAAUGGAGGGCUGUUCCAAAGUCGGACCCAGCUGCUGGAGCUGGGGCUCUCUUCUAUUUCCCCAGAUUUAUGUUUUGGUUAGAGGUAGCACUGCUGCUGAUAUCCUUCUCUGGGUGGGCCGGUAACUGGCCCUUCAUAUGCCUUCCAUCGUCUCCGCUGAGAAGGCAGAUUCACUGUGCCGGGCUAUUUGUAAAUAACGCAAGUGCAGUUCCCAUCACCCCCACACCACACCCUCUUCAGUAGGAUCCCUGAUCUUCACCUUGUCCUUUACCCAACGCGGGAGUAGCGAGAAGACUCAGGUUCUCACUUAAGGGAUUCGCUGUCACAAACCAGUGGCCCAACCUGAGUACCCGGACCUCACGAUUUAGAAGAGAGGUCUUUUUGGAAUUUCAGAUUCCUAGGUUGGCAGGCGACCUCUGACGAAGGACAUAUUCCUUGGAGUUGGCUGUGUCUUCUGUUUCUACAGGACCAAUAUGAGAGUCUGGGGUCCCUUCUUAGCCUAAGGAAUUCAAUGAACUUCCUUACACUUGCAACUCCAGAAAGGGUCUUGGGAGAGUUCUCUCAUGACUUCUAAGUGGAGCUGUCCUUUUGAAAGAUAGAGACUGUGAAUCUUCCUCAGUUGAUCAAGAACGUCUCUAGAAGCGGGGUGACCUGGGAAGGUAGCAUCAGUGGACUUGUGUGCAAUGAGGCUCCAUAUAACCUGUCCAUCACCUACUGUGUCCUGUGUCCUCACCUCCCCAUGGCAUCACACAUCCCUGGGCUCUUAGGAUGAAAGACAGUUUGGCAAAGGGAGGUAAAUCCCCAUAGCAUGACAGCUUUCCUAGUGCCUGAUGCUUUCCUAUCCCUCCUUCCAUACAGGCCCUGUCACUAUGGUGGGGGAGAAUGGGACCUCAGGCUGAAAUUCUCACUGCAGCUUGCUUCCUGGGCAUACUUUCUUAGCAAGGGUCCACUCUUGGCUACUGAGAGAUAGCCAGCCGCCUUCUUGGUCUCUGGUUUUUGAGACUGAACAUGAACUGGGAGGAUCACUGUGAAUACCAGGCUGUGGACACUUUCCUACAAUGCUUGUGUGGUACCCUGGGGUAUCUUGGAAAUGUACCAGGAUACACUCUCUUGGAGGAGGCAUGAGCAGCUUGGAAACUCUGCAGUUAUCCAGGAGAAAUCUGACCCUGCCAUCUCCUACAGUGACAGGGAGAUGAAUCUUCAGCAGAGAGACCAGAAUAUGGAAGAUGAGCCUGGGAGCUGCUGGUCUCUGGGUGACCUGAAUCACAGGGACUAUGGUGGAGGCACUGCUGGGAUAGUUCACCACUUGUCCACUUGGGCUCAUCGAAGAGCCACAGACUUUUCAGCUCGAGUGAAUGAAACAGUCUGUGGUCGGGCUGCCCUGGAAAGUAGGUGUUGGAAGGCUGGGCUGACACUUUCUUUUGUGGGAUCCUAGCCCUUCUGAGAUAUCCUAGGGUUUGAAUUCUGGUCUCAGAGAAUCGGUUCCUUCCUUGGUUGAAUUCAGACAAGGCUAAGAAGGCCCUUGAGUCCUAUCGUGUUAGUGCCAGCUGCCCUCCUAGGGGUAUAGCGUAGUCUGUGAGUGGAUGUUGGUGUCUGUGUGUGAACCCCCAGGAGAGAAAAAAAACAAAACAAAACAAAAGCAAAACCUAUUUCCUAGGCCUCACACCGAAGAGAUCCGUGGCAGUCACAGUUAGUAAGAACUCUGAAGCUUCAAGUGGUAUUCCUAGUUAGAUCAGAUAGCUUGCCCCACCCUGGUACAAAAAUAUUCUUAGCUAAAGCUGCCAGAAUUAAUGUAAUGAUUAAAUUCUCUAACAGGGUAUUUUAAACAUUGUUUACAUAUGAAAUGUGCAUCUGACGCCGAUGCUGCUGUCCAAUAUGAGGUGCGUAUGAGUUGGACCUGCAGUGAUGGGGAUGUCCUGGGAGGGGCUUUCUCACCACUUCUGCUAUCCCAAUGCAAAAAGGCUCCACACUCAUUGUGUGGUGCCCUCAUUCGGGGGCCCAGAGUUCCUGCCAACUAUUGGUAGAAGGAAGGCUGCCGAUGGUGAUGUCCUGACACCCGGGUGACACAUGGGAGGUUCAAAGGACCAAGUCUGAGUACCCUGAAUUUUGGAGCUAGAUAGACAGGGGCACGUGAGUUUGUCUGUGGAGAGUAGCAGAUAGUUCUAUUUAUGGUACUCCCAUGGAGCAUCUCGUGUGUGUGUGUGUGUGUGUGUGUGUGUGUGUGUGUGUGUGUGUGUGAAUUGUGAGUCUUGGGUAGUACACUGCAGACAUGAUCUUCCCAUGUGGUUGGCUUUCCACACACACCCUAUCUCCCCUGCUUCUCACAGAAGGCAGAGCUUCUUGCUCUGAUACCUCCUCUUAGGCACUUUUUGUCAUGCUCGCCCAGAUUUUGGUCUGUGAUGAGACAGAGAAAUGUUUACAACAUCUAGAGCAAUAUCCAAGCAUACCUCAUCUCUGAGCUUCCAUGUCUCCCGGUCCCCUCCCCUCAUUUCCUCCUCUACAAGCGUCACCCAUGUCCCCAGCUUGUCAUCUCAGAUGCCACUUCCAUCUAGUGUCUUCCUUUGCUCCAGUCACACGGAGUGUGCUGACGACUGGUCCGGAACUCAGGCAAGCCCCGGCAGCAGGACGGUGCUGUGGCUUCCCAUCCCUGAGUGGCGUACUGGUUGGUCCCACUGAGUUCCCUUAGUUUGGUUCUGGUUUGUGGUUUGCGUUGUUCUUCUGGCCUAAGGAGAUCUCAGUCAUUGACAACUCGGGCACUCUGGAUGGAUGGGGAGUAAUUCUCGGAGGCAGUAUUAUUAUUAAACAUGAGCGUGAAUGAUAGGGAUCACCUUGGAAGCCCCUUACAAGUGCUAAUUCCCACACUCAGAGAUGCUGAUCCUAUAGAUUUAGAGAAGGGACCCAUAAACAACAUAAAAGGAAAACAAAACAAAAACCAAAGCUCCUGGGUAUGUAAUGGCCUGUGGGCAUUAGAUAAAGAUGGCCCAAGCCAGAGGUUCUCAAUCUCACCGCUCACUAGGCUUAGAGUAGUUAAAUCUGAGAAGUUUGGUGGGAGCCAGGUAGCGGUAGUUUUUACCAUCCCACUGGUGGUUCCAAUGUGCAGAUGUGGUCAGGAAGCAGCAGCCGCCUAAGGAAGAGGAGCAGAACUGAGGGUAAAACACAGCACUGAGGAGAAGCUACAACAGCCUGCCUGAAUUCAAAAAGCGCAAUCACCAGGACACCUUGCCUCCUCUGCGGCUGACUCUUGACGUGUGUGUAUGUGGGGGGGGUGUUGGGUUGCUUUGUGCCUCUCGGUCUGACUUACUCCUUAGAGGUUGUGUUUGGGUUCAAGCUACAUGCACUAGCUGGUAGCAUGUAUGCCAAUGGGCGGGGAGCAUAAAGGGGCACUUGAUUGGGAGCUGUUUUGCCAUGCUUUUCCUGCCAUUUCCACCGCGCUUCCUCCAGGCUUGCCUCGUGAGCUCUAACCCUGUUUGUUUUCAUAGACUCUUGUGUUUGGCCAUUUUGUGUCAGGCUGUGCCUCUGAACCCAAGGCCAUGCCAUAGGGUAGCUGGAAUGUAGGUAGUGAGUGAAGAGUGUCUUGGUAGUGAUGAUUGUCACACAAUGGCUCCCAAAUUUCUCGGUGGAGGGUGUCCCUUCCUGGGGAGGACCAAAUCUGGGGGUGCUUUUCCAAGACCACAGUGAGGUGUGUUUUCCCUGCUUCAAGUUCUCACCGUUUUCUCUUUGGGCUGGGAAGCUGCUGGUUGGCUCUAUUUCGGGUGCUUUCCCCAGGAUGCGCCACUCGGAGAAACCAAAGCUGGGGAAAAAGCGAAUGCUCUGCCCAGGUGCUUGUCCUGGACAGGGCCGCAAGCCCUGGAUAAUAGAGACACUCUCUCUGCUGUGAGGGGAAAGGCCUGAGAGCUGGGGGAGGGUGGCCAGGUGGAGCCUGAGGAGGAAGGGGCAGGGCAGGAGAGCCCCCAGCUGCCAGCAUGGUAGUUAGAUCUCCGUGUCCCAGAGGGAAGGGCCAAAGAGGUGCAGAUCCACAGGCAGGAUGGUCUUCUAGCAAGAACAACCCCAGAACUCUGCUGACCCAGCACAGGAACUGCGAUUUCCCGCCCUUGUCUUCAACUGACCAACGGUCCACUCUCCUUAAAUCCCUAUCCCUUCAGUUAAAACAAGAGGGGUGGUACUGUCUUCACGCCUGGCACCGGAAGCCUGUGCCACCAUAUCACUUGGCAUGAGACUGAGGAGGGAGAAGCCAAAAGGAGAGAUGGCUUUCUGUCCCUGUGGCUUCUCAAGGAGUCUACAAGAUGCUGUGCGCCACAAUGGGAGACACCAGGAUGGGACUAUGGGCCUCACUAGGUUUUGGGUUUAGGGUCCUGUCAAUAAACUGUCCAUUUCUUGAACUAAUUAACCCCUCGGCUCCCUCCCCUCGGCCAUGUGCACUGACCACGGUAGCCUUAGCUGGUCACUCACGGAGCACAACAGAUUUAUAGCAGCUCACCUGCCAUAUAAACCGCUUGGCUGACGGAGUCCGCAACUGAGUUGUUUCAUUACUGUGUAAAGUGGAAUACAUUCACCUUUACUAUACACAGGCUGUGAGAACAUAAUAAACAAAACCUGAACAAGC